UGCUAUACAAGCUGUUAUUUUGGAAGCAUUGAAGUCACUGACUUAGUGCAACGAGUGAUUCGACAAUUUAUACGAGACUGUAGUAUAACAAAUAACCGAUUACAUUGCUAAUGUCCAUACUUCGUUUCUUUAAUACAGAAUCUUCUCUACUUCAACUCUGAUAUAGAAUAAAUGAACACGUUAUGAUUAUUUAUCUCUCGUUUGUUAGCUCACGAAAUUAACUCAUGAUUACCGAUUAAAAUUACCACUAUACAAGUUUUUUUUAAGUCAAUUUUCCUUUUUUCCGACACUAGACCAGCCUCAGGUCUAAUAUUGCUUGAAAGGGGAACGAUUUAUGUUUUCCGUUGAUGUGCGUCAACGAUAAAAGGCAAGCGUCAACAAUCGACGUUUAUGUGCAGCUCGUAACGCUGUAAACAUACAAUUUGUAGAUACGUUCCAAUGUCAUUACCGUGAACCAAGAGUUUGGGGCGUGGCUGUCAACACUUUAUGGAGAUAUCUAUUAUAUCGACUAACGGCACUUGCUUCAAAAAAAUCAUCUAGGAUCAAUUUAACGAUGGUGUGUCUUUAUCGAAUACACAAGUAAACUGCGAUCACUUUUUAAGUACAGAAUCGAGUCACAAAAGUUUCGAAAAGUAAAACGAGUUUUUUUACGAACGGAACAACCAAGAACCAACUUUUUCUCGAUCGUAGCAUUCCAAAUUAUUUUGCAAUUAAAAUAUGUACAGGAAAUUUAAAAUUGUACAAAAAAAAUAAUGUUUGAGCUAAAAUGUUGAAAUGUUAACGUGUAGCAUGCCGUAAAUGAUGUUUUGCUGGCGUUUCGCGCGCCAUCUCUCAGGAAAAGAUGGUACGAUGUUUUAUGACGAUUACUUCGCCCCUCUACACGGUCCGUGAAUAUCAUCGGCAGAGUCGAACGUGGUUCGAAGAUGGCGAUACGAGGGUAGGGUUGAGCGGACGCUUCGCAAGGAAGCCUUUUCCUCGUCGUGAUAGCUGGAAUUUCGAGCCAUCCCGUGUUUGAUGGUGGCGGGUUCUUCGCUUUUCACUAAUCAAGAGAGCGAUUCACAGAUGGGAAAGGCUAAGGCUACUAACACAGCUUACUAAUCCAGGCGAGAGUAAAAUUGUAUCGAUAUAUCACACGCAUCGCAUAUGUGCGUAUUAUGUUAUUUUCGUGAAAGGAACUAGGUCGCGAAAUUGCAAAUAACCAGGAGGCGUUCUCGUUUUCGGGCUCGAAGGCAGUCUAGUCAGGAAAGAAAGGGACUCCUUAAAGAGGAAAUUAUGACGCAACCAAGAUAAGGGGAGAUUAUACGAUGAACUCGAAACGUCAAAGCGUAAAUAUAGGAGUGCGAUAAGUAAGUGGAUCGUAUCACGAAUCUCGUUGAGAUUCUGUCGUCGAAGCGCCACGUAAACCUUGAACAAGUUUCGAACGAAUCGGCCUGGGUUAGGUGCGUGUCUAUGAUAUAACAAUGUCUGUAACAAUGCUUGUACUGCGUCGCAAUUACCAAAGGCAUAUCAAGUAACCAAAGAACCGUUUAAUUAAGCUUUGAGUCGAGUCGAUCUUGGCCGGUAUUAUCGUUGCGUUACGAGGCUGGGUCAACGGUCUAACUCAACUUGGGGAUGUUCGAUUCUUGUCAAAUAAUUGAUCUCACGUAUUUGAAAUUUGUAAGUUAGGUAUCGUUGUUUAAAACGUUCAGAAAUGACACGGUACUUUGUCGAACAAGAAGAAGAAAGAAAAUAAAAGAAAAAAGAAUGAAACAUCUCACGUUCAACUAUCCUUGGGUAGAAUUUUAUUUCCGAUAACGAUGAUCGAAACACGUGGUCUUUUAACCUGAAAUUGAUCAAUCGCUGUCCUGGUAUUUGAAGAAAUUCAAAACAAUAAUAGAAGAGGAAUAAUGAGGAUUGGCGAGGCGCGUGCAGAAUCGGAGGCGGUGGUAGUAGCGAAUGAUAGAGUCGCAGGGGAGAAAGGUGAGAGGUCGCAGACGAAACGCAGGCAGGAGGGUCGGUAGAACGAAAGGGGUAUAGAAAGAGUCUGCCGUCGCCGGCAGGGCAGCAGGGCAGCAGGGUGUGCAGGGGUGUAGGGGGUGAAAUCAGACCGAUAUCGACCGCGAAUUGCGCUUGCGUGGAAAAAGGCGCGCAAUCGCCGUCGAGGAAACGACGUUUCGUAUCGUCGCGAGGAAGAGGAAGCUCUCGCAGUCGGUCGAUCGUCGCGGCGACGGGCACGGAGAAACGCCGUUCUGUCGUCCCUUUUUAUCGACAGACUCGUUAUCCCACGACCAAUCCUCUUCUUGCACCUUCAACGUUCGAUCGUUUCGCCCGAAAAAGAAAAUUGCUCUCGCCGCAUCACGAGCGCCACGGUUUAGCUCGAUUCGUCGGCCGUCGCGCGUGGAAACCCAGCGCGUAUUCAUCGAACACGACACUUUCGCUCCAACUUCCGGUAUCCUUCUCGCCCUUCUCGGUGAUUCCAAUGCGCGCACGAACCGUCCUCGUAUUUCCGGGAAGGCAGCAGCACGCAAGACGGGAGAAUCAUUGCUGGUAAGCGUACCGUGCGUCGAAAUCGUAGGCGAGAAGCGUUUGGAGAACCAAACUACCUGCCAAACGGAGAAACGAUUGAUUCGUCGUGCCUUCGGCGUCUUUCGACUCCUUCUCUCCAAUCGUUCACCGACUCUAUCCCAGUUUCAUCCUCCACGGGAAGCUAAUUCGACCAACGCGCUCCAGAAGCUGACAGGAAUGAUCGCGAAUUUCUCGGGUGGAGUUCAACGCGAUUACAGGGUAAAUCUGCUCGAGAAAUCGUGCAUAAGAAUCGUGGCGAGAGAGAAAAAGGAAAUGCCAGCGUAGCAAGAAAAAAAGACAGCGUUGGAGAGACUAUCGGAUAGAUAAGUGUCCGAUAACCGGAGCGUAGCUUGCUUACGUGUCUCCGUCGCUGACUAACAACUCCCUUCAACGUUACCGAUUCCUUUUCCUCAAACACCGUGCCGAUAAAAGAUAAACCUGGAACUUGAUCCAAGGUGAUACGAUCAGCCUGGUCCGACCGAAAUUCACGAUCGGUUCCAGUAUCGCUCUACACGUGACAAAUGGCGUCGAGCAUCGAAAUCUCUCGAGCCUGAGAGACUCCAAGGCUGUCUCUGGACCGAGGAAGACAAUAAAGGGCAAAUGGCCGCGCUUAAUCUGCAGCAAACCGUUUUAACUGAAACGGCUGCUUCUGAAACACGCGAGCAAGUCGAGCUGACGGAACUGCUGCCUGUGAAACACUCGCGCAUUAGGGAAAACGUUGUCUUCGAAGAUUCGAAUGCAAACUUGAACGGAAAUUUAGACAGAGACGCGAAUCCCGAGGAUGCAACAGACGCUUUAAAAGUGCUACGGAGAUUUGCCACCGAUGGUUGCAUCGAGGAUGACCAAGAGUUCCAGCUGCGGGAUUUCACGUUUUGCGGGAAGAUCGAGCGGCAACGAAAGCAAGGAAAUGACAAACAGUCGCAAGGGAAACCUCGCGAGGGGAAAGAGAAGAUGGAGGAUCGGACGUUCGAGGGCGAAGCGAUUAAACGGAAACGGAAGGGUAUCGGUAGAAAGACCGUCCCUCGGGCAAAGUCCCGAAAGAAGAAAUUCGUUACCAGAGAGCAGGGAGAAGGAAACGGGGGGAAUGGGUUCGGAGAAAAGAAGAGGACCUUACUGGACUGCGAGGAUAAAGCGUAUCUGGAUUUCGACAGAAGCAAGGAUUUCAGCGACGAGAUUUACGUAUUUAGACGUGAACCUUUGUACCCCAACGCUCGAAACGAUUAUCCCACGAGCACCAAUGUCGCGUUAUUCGAACAUAUGCCUUCUCAAGAAGAGAUCGACGACCAGGAAGAUCCCACGGAAGAAAAGUCCUGUUUAAGCAUCGAGGCGAUCAUCGAGGCCAACUACCUUCUCGAAGGCGAAAACAACAACGUGUUGCGUUCGGCCAGAGAGAAGGUUCGCGACAUGUGCGUAAAUUCGUUGAGCCUGGACGCGAGUAGCGAAUUAUCCAGGAAGGAAUACAUCGAAACAGAAGUUGACAACAUCGACGUUGACGAGGACGAGGCAUUGUCCAACUGUACCGAGUACGAGGAAAAGAAAUACUGUUGCGUGGUCUGCGAGGCACGAUUCAAAGGUAGCGGAGGACUCCGUAACCAUUACAAGAUCGUGCACGGAGCAGGACCGAUUUUCAAAUGCGACGAGUGUGGAAAAGAGUUCCCUCUGAAGGAGAGGCUGAAGCUUCACGUGAGGACUCACACCGGCUUCAAGCCGUACAAGUGCCCAGAGUGCGAUAAGAGCUUCGCCAGAGGUGGCCAGCUGGUGCAACAUCGACGCACUCACAGCCAGGUAAAGCCUUACCGUUGCGGUCUGUGUUCAGGCACGUUCACCUGUGCAGCAAACUUGGCGCUUCACGUGAAACGCCACAACGGUCAGAAGGAUCAUAAAUGCGAGAUCUGUGGCCGAGCAUUCGUUCGACGGGAUGCAUUGAAGAAACACCUAGAAUGCCUUCACAGAGACGUAAAAUCCUUCUUGUGCGUCAUCUGCAACAAAACGUUCAAAGGCCAUCUGCCUCAGCACAUGAGGACUCACGCUCGCGAUAGACCCCAUGGAUGCGCCACUUGCGGCCAGAGAUUUGCGCAAAAAUCCCAGCUGACCGUUCACCAGAGGACACACUCUGGACAGAGACCGUUCAGGUGUCUCGUCUGCUGGCAGGCGUUCGCUCACUCGACGGCCCUCAAGCUACACACUAGGAGACACACCGGGGAAAGACCCUUCAAGUGCGCCGAGUGCAACGCUGGUUUCACUCAGCUACCUCAUUGGAAGAAGCACAUGAAGUGUAUCCAUGGCAGAAACGAGCCCUAUGCUUGCAAACGAUGCAAGAGUUUCUUCAGGAUCAAAAACGACCUCGAAUGCCACGAAAAAACUUGUCAUCCGGAGUUAGGCUCGAGCAAUCUGGAUGGAUCCAGCAACUCGGAAACUAUCCUCAACGAAAUCAUGGACAAACCCUCCCUACCGCCUUCCAAGUACCGAGUGAUGACUGUGGAAAGGAUGAGACUGUUACUCGCUGUAUUGUUGAAGAGGAUCAGCAAGCAGGAGAGGCUAGACGAACUAGGCUUUGGGAAAAGGUUGAUCGACGAGGUUCUUCACGACUCCCUGAUAUCCGCUGGCAAGGAUCCGGUCGUCCGUGACGGGCUCACGGAACUGGAGACUCUUACCAGAAAUCUCGAGAUAUUCCUGAAAUGGACAGUGCCCAAGGAACACUGGGAGAACUUUUGUAGGCUGAAUAAAACUCCCGAAGAUAUCUUAGAAACUCUUACUGCUACCUAAGCAAAAGAUUGGGCUUUAAUCGUCAAAGAAUCGUUUCAACUGCUCCUCGAAAAAUCAGUGGAACCCCGAGUAUCCGCGGAAGUCGUCCGGUCGUCCCGUAACAAACUUCGAGAAACGUCGUAUAAUUUAUUCGGAGGAAUAAUCGAUAUCGAUAACAUUUCAUAGAAUUUCGUUUAGUUUAACAUUGAUAUUUGCUAGUCCAAAGUGCAUAAACGCGACGUCUAUGAAAACAUUGAAACAACUUCUUUCUCUCCUCCGACUCUAUCAUUCUUAAGGUGCGUUAGUUAAGAGAGAUCGACUGAUUUAUCAUUUAAAUCCAAGAAUGCCUCGUGUGCAAAUUGAUGGAGAGAUCGAUUCGACAUGUGGGGGCCAUAAAUGUGAUGAUUUAUGCUGCCGAUUAGGAAAAUGGCCUAAAUCAAUCUUCUUCGUUAUCUUUGACAAGUUCUCUUCUUUUUAUUACUUUAGUUAAUAGGGAAAUACUAUUCAAGACUGAUGACCACCACUCGUGUCGAUCAAUGCAGUGCGAUAUAAACGAUUAAUUCAAUUGUCCUAGACAAUUAUUCCUAGCUACUUUAUAAUUACCGCUACAUUUGUUUGGGGGUUGUUUACACGUGUGUGGCGUAGUCGCGUUAGAUGGCAAGCGCAGACGCCGCCGUUAAAUCUGACAUUGUACACGUUUCGACGACAGGUUAGACAUUUAGAAUGUCAUAGAAAAAAGUCUCUGUUCGCUAUCGGUGUUGAGACUUGUGUAUAUUUCUUUUUACGGUCAAGUGAACUAUGAUACUUUUAGAUAAUAUUUACCGAUGGAAGAACAAUUCGCGAUGAAAUCAUCAUCAUAAAUCCUUACGUCUGUGGCUCCUAAUACAUCUAAGAAGAAACGUGUCGAAAACCAAUUACUGUUCUGCAAAGUAUGAAGCACUGAUGGCAGACGCGGGGUUUACGUGCAACUUUUGAGGUAUUAUUUUUUACGGAAUGUUUCGUUUUUUGUUAUUUGUCGAGUCGCAUAAGUAUUAUCGUGACACAGAGCCUAGCACUCGAGUCAUGUCGCCGUAUACACUUUUUCAAAUUGAAGAAAUAUUUAAGAUAUCGAUUUGAAUAUUUGUUCGUUUCAAGUGAUUCAUCUCUGAAAAGGUUAGAAACGCGUUCGAAUGUUUUCCCCACCCCACGAGUGCCAUGUGUCAUUGUCAUUGUACUUGCCGCAUUACAAUAUCAAAGAGUGUGCGUUAUUUACGUUGUUACAUAGGAAAUAUAUGUUGCUCGUGAUAUGCGAAAGAACAUACGGUACUUAUUGAAAUGGGAUAAUUAAAAAAAAAAAGAAACGACCCGCGACUAGAUUAACGAUAGAAUGUAUCGAGUCUCGUUUCGAUCUAUUCAACCGUACGUUCUUUGCCUUUUUAAAUUUAGUAUAGGAGAAAAAGAGGUAUAUUUUGGACGUAAAAGUGCGCGAAAAACGGAAAACCAUAAGAAACUUCUUGCCAUAUUUAUUAGCGUAUAUCUAUGCAUGCGAGUGCACACAGUGUCGUUGAAACGUCAUUAUAAUUGCACACUUUAGCGUAUAGUUGCUUAGGUUCUUAGACGGUCCUUUACGAAAAUUGAAGAGGCUAAACGCGAUCCUAGGAUUGCCAUUUUGUUGCAAUUUAUUCUUUUAGUUAAAUGUUAUCGCACUUCGUUCAUGUGCGCAGACAUGUAUCAAGUUGCCAAGAAAUGUUAACGUGGCGCCAUUCGUUUUAUUUUUUGUUGAAAUUGCGAGGAAGGUUAUGUUUACAAAUAUAAUUUAGUGAGAUUGUGGUGUGUGUCAUACACGUCGAAACAAAAAUAUUAUACGCUCUAAACUUCGCAAAGCAUUUCUGU